UUGCAAAUUAUUUGUAGUUAAAAUUUUUAAAAAAUUUUAUAAAAGUUGCUAAUAUUUGAAAGUGUAAUACAAGAUUUUCCAUAAGUUUGACUUACAAUAAUUAUUAAAGAACUUAAAUUCUAGGGUAUUCAGGUCAUUAAAACAGAUAUACUACCUUUUUCACCAUCCAAUUAAAAAUAUGUUAUAUCCUUGGUUGACAAAUUUUCUCUGUUCAGAAUCGUUUUUUGUAUACAAUGAUAAUUAUCAUUGAAUUCUAAUUCAAUAUAUCAUUAUAGUGACCUACUAUACAGCAGAGCGUUACCACUUGACCACUCUUUUUUAACCUUUUUUAUCAUUAAUUAUUUUAUGUAAUCUUCAAAUGGUUGAGAAAACAUGAGGAUAAUGUAUGGAAGAGUCAGGAAGACUUGCACUCAUAUUAUGAUAAAAUGCCCCUUUGCUUUAACAGUUUCAUAUAUGAAAUGACUUGCACCAUAUUGCUAAUCAUUUCCUAUGCAACAUUAAUGACAAAAUAUAUCUGGCAAUAAAUGAAGAUAUGUAUAUAGUGAUUGCAACUGCAAUCAUAAACUUAAAAAAAAAUAAAUUAACUUCAGAAACAUUAUUAUGUUAUUUAAAUUCCUAUGGCUACCUACAAGACAUUCAAAAAAUUAAUUUUAUUUUACAAACAAACACAAAUUCAAUACAAUAUUUUCUAAAUAACAACUCAACAAUACGAAUGGCAAGAUUCACUGAAAUCAACAAAAUAAUUCAGUUUAUUGGUGAGGGGGUUGAGGAAAACGAAGACAUUUUAUUAGGCGACACUAAAAAAUUGAAUGUUAUAGCUAAAAAUUAUGUACAAUUAAAAUGUAGAAAAAAAAUUGGAAAAAAAGCCAUUUCAAAAAACAUUAAAUCCUCAAUCAAUAUACUACAAAGCAAAACAGUUUUUUAUAGUUCUAAAUUUAAUUUAUCCUUAAAAACUAAAUUUCCGGCUCCAGAAACAAUAUUAUUACUCAACCCUCCAUUUCAAAAUUUUUUUAAUACACAAAAGUUUCCUCAAAACAAACCAUUGCAACACUACAUCAUUGAUCAGCUGCCGUACCUGGAGAAUAUUAAUGAUCUCGACAAUUUAGUAUCAACAAUUAUAAUCAUGCACGGACAAUAUCAAGCAUUUGAUGAUUUCCAGGGUCAUAAUCUGAAACACAUAAUGGAUUUAAAAAUGGAAUUAAUUAAACUAAACAUAAUAAUUACUUACAUUGACUUAUUAAAUUUACAAACAAAUGGUAUCAUUAAUUCGGAUGGAUUGCAAAUCAUCAAUAACAUAAAUAUUAUUAACAAAAAUGUCAUUAAUUCAAUUGACAAAGAAUUUAAAAACUUUAUCUACAAAAUAGAAAGAUUUUGGAUGAAUCCGUAUUUUGAUUUAAAUUUUAAAAACAUUGUAUAUCCGGUUGAACAAAUCAAUUACAAUGUAAUUUAUUUAAAUUUGGAGAGUACUGUGGAGUUUGUGUUGCCACCCACUUCAGUAUUACAAGGUGUAAAUUACAAUGAAUUAUUAGUGCUAGCGUGCUUGAAAUCAUAUUUCUGCAAUAAAGUUGCAUCUUUUCAAGAUACACUAAACAACAUAUUUAAACAUAUAGAAGUAAUCAUGGCUGUAACUAAAUUCCAAUUUAUUAAUAAAAAAUAUCUGAAAAUUACUCUCAAAAAUUUAAUACAUCAACAGUGUAUUAUACGUCGACAUUCAGUUUCCAAUUAUACACUAUAUAAACUAGUGGACAAGGACAAAAUGGAGCUCAUAAUUUCAAAAUUUCAAAAUAUUGAAAUGAUAAAUUUAAUACUAAACAUAACAGAAGAAGAGUAUUUAAUAACAGCAAUAUUUUAUGAGUUACCAACCACUGUAUACAAAUAUACAAAUUAUACAACAACCCUGCAAUCUGAAAUACAAAAAAAACAAUUGAUGGGCAACAUUCAACAGAAAGUUGUAUUUAUAAAAAGAUUUUUAAAUUCAAUUACUCAAAGUCAAAAUACAACAAUUGAAACAAUACACAAUAUAUAUUCAACAAAACUAACAACCUAUCUACAAUUGUUACACACAGUUUUAAAUAUUUUACUCAAAUCUUCCAUCGACUCUCUUUUAACAACCGAUGAACUAUCACAGUAUCAUAAAAAUUCAAAUUUACAACUUCCUUCAGAACUCUUAACAACCAUUCCACCCACAUCACCUUCAAAAUAUCUCGAGCAGCAACUACAGACGUCACACAACAAAUUUUAUACUCGGCAUACAGAACUACAGGAUUAUUUAAAUAAGUAUUAUAAUUAAAAUUGUUUAAAUUAAAUACAUAUAAUAUUAUCCUAAAAUUGUUCUCCUGUUCAGAGUAUUAUUUAAAUAAAUAUUGUAGUUAUAAUUUAA